CAAAUUAUGACAUCGACAUCUAAAGGAAUUUUCCGGCCAUUUUUUAUUAUCUUCAUCAUCCUUGGUUGUUUCAUGGCACUUAUAUUAAUUUAUAUCAAACCAACAAAUAGCUGGAUCUCUGGUCCUAUAGAAUCAGCCAGUUCAGUUCUGAAAAUGAAGAGCUUUUUUUCUUCCAAAACUGAUAGUCUUAAUGAAACUACCAUUUUGAUCUGGGUUUGGCCAUUUGGUCAGACAUUCGAUCUAACAUCCUGCCAAACAAUGUUCAAUAUCCACGGGUGCCAUCUGACUAUUGACCGCUCCCUAUACAACAAAUCCCACGCUGUUCUCAUUCAUCACAGGGACAUCAGCUGGGAUCUGACAAAUUUACCUCAGCAAGCCAGGCCACCAUUCCAGAAGUGGAUUUGGAUGAAUUUGGAGUCUCCAACUCAUACUCCACAGAAGAGUGGCAUUGAACACCUCUUUAACCUGACCCUGACUUAUCGGCGUGAUUCAGAUAUUCAGGUGCCUUAUGGCUUCAUGAUGGUUGGGACAAGUUCCUUUACAUUUGAAAUGCCAAGCAAGGAAAAUUUGGUCUGUUGGGUGGUUAGUAACUGGAACCCUGAGCACGCUCGAGUCAAGUAUUACAAUGAGCUUAGCAAAUACAUUGAAAUCCAUACGUAUGGACAAGCCUUUGGAGACUAUGUCAAUGAUAAGAACUUGAUUCCUACUAUCUCCUCUUGCAAAUUCUACCUUUCCUUUGAAAAUUCCAUCCACAAAGAUUACAUUACUGAGAAACUUUACAAUGCUCUUCUGGCUGGAUCAGUACCAGUUGUUCUGGGCCCUUCCAGAGAAAACUAUGAGAAUUAUAUUCCAGCAGACUCUUUCAUACAUGUGGAAGAUUUUCUCUCACCCCGAGAGCUGGCAGAGUACCUUCUGAUGCUCGACAAAAAUAACAAGAUGUACCUUAGUUAUUUCAACUGGAAGAAGGAUUUCUCAGUGCAUCUUCCUAGGUUCUGGGAAUCACAUGCAUGUCUUGCUUGUGAUCAUGUGAAAAGACAUCAGGAAUACAAGUCCAUUGGAAAUUUAGAAAGAUGGUUUUGGAACUAA